AUGAACAAAACAGCGCCCCACAUCUCACAGUCUCCUGCCAUGCUACCGGUAGCCCGUCUCGACGGCACAACAACGAGAAUGAACAAGCCAAGUCCAAUAGCAGCAUCCACAGCGCCCCAAUCCGUCAUGGUAGAGGGCGUACCGGUAGAGACGUUUAGGUCUGAGCUGGAAGGAGGCCAGUAUAAUCUCACCCGUGAUUUCUUCGCCAAGCUGCGUCUGAACCCUAGCAAUGACGAGACACGAAGUGUUUGCAUGGAUCGUUUAGCCCAGUGCUACCGGUACCGUCACCACACGCAGGAGCCUCAGGCUGGCUCUGAAGCAGCACCUACUAUUAGUCCACCGCCCUCGCCACCACUUUCAACGCUGGAAAAAUGGACGUGGAACGAACCUGACAACAAGGAUGCUCAUUUGCUGCUUGGCUUGUUUCUCAUUACCAGUGCCUGGAGUGCAUUGCGGAAUCAUCAAUCAUCCACACAACAAACAGCCAUGACUGAGGAAGAACAUUUUGCCCAGUUUGACAAGCUAGCACACAAAGCAGAAAGGGCUCUGGCAAAAGCCAUGGAGAUUGAUCCCACCGAUCCAUUGCCCUAUGCCAACAUGCUGACUGCUGCCAGAGGACUCCCAACCAUCCAAGCAACCUUCCAGAAGUUUCAACAACACUGCCAGGAUCCACACCAUCUGAUGGUCCAUCAAGUUGUGUUGCAUCGCUUGUCCCCUCAUUGGGGAGGAACAGUGGCAGAAAUGUUGGAGUUUGCCAGGUCAGUAACCCUCCAGUCCGAUGUUCCUCCACCCACGGGUCAUCCCUUGUGGUCCCUACUUUGCAAGGCGCAUUUGGAUGCCUGGGAGGAAGCCAAGAAACAGCGAGAAGAAGAUGGCACUAAUAAUAGCAAAGGUCAAGGCCAUGGUCAUGAUUCCUAUUGGAAGCAUUUGAAAUCCAAAUCCAAAAAGGAGCUGGUGCACGCGUACCGCAAGUUUCGUGGCAAGAGCCACAGCAGUCACGGUACUGCCUGCAAGGCGAGUGGCUCCAAGAAUGCUAUUAAUACCGGUAAUACCAAACAGGGCAGCAAAGAGGAACGAUCUAGCAGCAACCUAUUUGCCUUUUGUCUGUACAAGAUCAAGGCGUACUCCGAAGUGCACGAUGAAAUGCAGUACAUGAUUGGCAAUGAUCCCUUGGCAGAGCCUUGGAAUCUGGAGAGCCCGCUGCAUUGGAAGGGUUACUAUGAUCAUGCCAAGAAAAAGGUUGCGGAGCAUGAAGCAUCCACUGGCACCAAUAACCAGAAUAAGCACCGACGCAAGUCCGUGCCCGCCAUUCCAACGACCGCACGUGGUACCGGUAGGUGUCAACUGGAACGAAAGAGCGUUACCUUGCUAUUUUCUCCCACGGUCCUUUCCAGUGGUGAAUUUACCCUGUCGGAUAUUACAUCACCAUCUAGUAGCUCCGGUACCGGUAGUGACCACAAGGAUCGGGAGAUUGUGGAUCCCUUUGCCUAG